AUGAUCGCCGCUCAGGCCAAGCUGGUUUACCAGCUCAAUAAAUACUACACUGAGCGCUGCCAAGCGCGCAAGGCGGCCAUCGCCAAGACCAUCCGAGAGGUCUGUAAGGUGGUCUCGGACGUGCUAAAGGAAGUGGAGGUACAGGAGCCUCGCUUCAUCAGCUCCCUGAGCGAGAUUGAUGCCCGCUACGAGGGGCUGGAGGUCAUCUCGCCCACGGAAUUCGAGGUGGUGCUCUACCUAAACCAGAUGGGCGUCUUCAACUUCGUGGACGACGGCUCCCUGCCCGGCUGCGCGGUGCUCAAACUGAGUGAUGGGCGGAAGCGGAGCAUGUCUCUCUGGGUCGAGUUCAUCACAGCGUCCGGCUACCUCUCAGCGCGCAAGAUCCGCUCACGUUUCCAGACCCUGGUGGCUCAGGCGGUGGACAAGUGCAGCUAUCGGGAUGUGGUCAAGAUGAUCGCAGACACCAGCGAGGUUAAGUUGCGCAUCAGGGAGCGCUACGUGGUGCAAAUCACUCCCGCGUUCAAGUGCACCGGUAUCUGGCCUCGCAGUGCGGCACAGUGGCCUAUGCCCCAUAUCCCCUGGCCCGGCCCCAAUCGGGUGGCGGAGGUCAAGGCCGAAGGGUUCAACUUGCUGUCGAAGGAGUGCUACUCACUGACCGGCAAGCAGAGCUCUGCAGAGAGCGAUGCCUGGGUGCUACAGUUCGGGGAGGCUGAGAACCGCCUGCUGAUGGGCGGCUGCCGAAACAAGUGUCUCUCGGUGCUGAAGACGCUGCGGGACCGCCACUUGGAGCUACCAGGCCAGCCGCUCAAUAACUACCACAUGAAGACGCUGCUGCUGUAUGAGUGCGAGAAACACCCGCGGGAAACGGACUGGGACGAGGCGUGCCUAGGCGAUCGGCUCAAUGGCAUCCUGCUGCAGCUCAUCUCCUGCCUGCAGUGCCGCCGCUGCCCUCACUACUUUCUGCCCAACCUCGACCUUUUUCAGGGCAAGCCCCAUUCGGCCCUGGAGAGCGCUGCCAAGCAGACCUGGAGGUUGGCCAGGGAAAUUCUCACCAAUCCCAAAAGCCUGGACAAACUAUAG